GCGCUGCGUCAUCAGGACGCGACGCUUUAAUACGGAAAGAUGGCGGUGGCGUCUGCAGCGGUUGCGGCUACGCUCCGAGGCGUUAGUCCCGCCAGAGAACCAGCUUUGGACCGCGUUAAAGUGGAGGAAGGCACCGAAACGGAGAAGCAGAGUCGUGUGUCCGCUCUGCUGGAGAGGCUGCACGCCAAACACAACGCCUCAAGGCCAUGGCCGGAAACCAGCAAAGUCGUCCGCACAGCCAUGGAAAAGCGUGGUGUAAUGAACUCAGCCGGUCAUCAGCUCCUGCUCAAUUGUUUAGAGACGCUUCAGAGGGCACUUAAAGUGUCCUCCCUGGCAUCCAUGACCGAUCGUCUGGAAUCCAUCGCCCGUCAGAACAUGUUGGGGUCGCACCUGAGUCCCUCGGAGACAGAGUGCUACAUCACCUCGGACAUGUUCUAUGUUGAAGUGCAGCUCGACACCAUGGGCCAACUGAUCGACGUCAAAGUGGCUCACCACGGAGAGAACCCUGCGAGCUGUCCCGAGCUCAUCCAGCAUCUGAGAGAGAAAAACUUUGAGGAGUUCUCCAAACACCUGAAGGGUCUCGUGAACCUGUACAAACUUCCUGGGGACAACAAACUGAAGACUAAAAUGUACCUGGCCCUGCAGUCUUUGGAACUGGACCUUACUAAGAUGAUGCACAUGUUCAGGAUAGCCACAAAGGCCAACACGGUGGAGACUAUCCUGCACGGCGGCGUGGGCCUGCUCACCCAGAGGAGCGGCGGCCAACUCCUGUCCCUGCAGUGCUACGUCUCGCCUUACGACAUUUUUGAGGAGGGAACCGGCGCUCAGCUCAACUUCACCGACGCAACCUUCCCUCGUUCUUUCGGAGUGUCCGUGUCUGUGACUGUGGAGGGAACGUCGUCUGUCUACAAACUUCCCAUCGCGCCUCUCAUCACCGGCUCUCACCCAGUGGAUAACAAAGGUACACCGACAUUUUCUCCAGCGUCAAACUCAAACUGUGUCGACCUUCCAGCGUGUUUCUACCUGAAGAUGAAGCAGCCCAUGCCCUUCUCACUAUCCUUUAUUCACAAAUUGGGCAACGUUACGGGUAUCCCAGUGUUUGAGUCAGUCCCUGCCUUGUCUCCUCUCUAUGAUCUCAUCAUUAAAAGUCAGUUCAGUGAAGAAGGUGGCAGCGGCGCUCCAGCGUCGGCCCGAUCCAAGAGAUUUUACGCAUCUCUGCCAGGACAGCAACACUGUUACUUUCUGAAUGGAGAUGCCCCAGUGCAGGAUGGGAAAUCUCUGCAGGGAGCUCUGGUUACCAAAAUCCCUUUCCGACACCCUGCUCACGUACCCACGCUGCUGGAUAUCAUACGACACCAAGCAGCAUACAACACGCUGAUCGGUAGCUGUGUCAAAAAGACCUACAUAAAGGAAGAUGCCCCAGGGCUGCUGCAGUUUGAGGUUUGUCCACUGACAGACUCCAGCUUUAGCGUAUCCUUUCAGCACCCUGUCAACGAGUCUCUUGUCUGUGUCGUAAUGGAGGUGAUCGACUCACGGCAGGUAGCGUGUAAGCUGUACAAGGGCUUGUCUGAUGCUUUGAUCUGCACAGAUGAGUUCAUUACCAAGGUGGUUCAGCGAUGCAUGUCCAUCCCUGUGACCAUGCGUGCGAUUCGUCGCAAGGCGGAGACGAUUCAGGCAGACACCCCAGCCUUAUCCCUAAUAGCUGAAACUGUGGAGAUAAUGGUGAAAAAAAACCUUCCUCCCACAGGAAGCCCUGGAUACAUGGGGAUGGGCACAGGACCUGAUGGGAGCAACAGUGUGGGCCUACCUGGUGUAGGGGGUGGUACUACACCUACAGGAGGCAGUAGUGCUGGGAAUAUGGGUGCAGGUGGUCAGUUCCCAGGUGCAAUGAGUUCGUUUUUCAACAUGAGCCACCAAGGAGGUUCAGUUGGGGACACUAUGGGACAGCAACAGCAGCAGCUCCCACCACAGCACGGCCACGGUUCAGAUGACUUUAGCAAAGUGACUCAGAACCCAAUACUCACCAGCCUUCUUAAAAUAACAGGUAGUGUAGGUUCUAGCCCCACUACUCAGAGCUCUGCUGGCUCACAGCCACACCAGACCCCUCCACCGACCACCUCGCCUGCCAGCAAUACCAAAAACCAUCCCAUGCUAAUGAACUUGUUGAAGGACAACCCCUCGCAGGACUUUGCUGCUUUAUAUGGGAGCAGCCCUCUGGAGAGACAAAACUCUUCUGGUUCUCCUCGCACAGACAGCCAAGGUCAGCCGUGUCCCGGAGGAGGCACCAAAGGCAAGAAGAAGCGACCAAGGGGCACCGAUAAGGGUGUUAUGGGACCCGGGGGAGGUAUGGGAAUGAAACCGCAAUCCCAGCAACAGCAAAUGGGGAGCCUAAUCCAGCAGCACCAUCACACACACCCUCCCACUGAAGACGACUUUCAUCGUGAGCUCUUUUCUAUGGAUGUUGACACGUCUCAAAAUCCUAUAUUUGAUGUCAAUCUUCCAGGUGAUGGGUUGGACACUCCUCACAGUAUCACCCCAGCUCCAAGCCAAUGUGGAACCCCACCAUCAGGCCCCGGAAUGUCGUACCACCCCCAAUCACACGUCCAGUCUCAGAGUCAAGCUCAGUCACAGCCAUCAGGCUCUUUACCUCGGAUGGUGCGCCUCUCGAGCUCUGAAAGUAUUGGUCCUGACAUUAAUGACAUUCUGUCUGAUAUUCCUGAUCCAGCCACCAAAGGGUGUGGGCAGCAUCACAUGGGUGGGGAAGAAGGAGGUUCUCUAGACACUCCAUUAAGGGAUUCCUCUAGCUCAGGCCAGGGUAGUGCCGUAUUCGAAGCUGAUCUGUUUAAUGCCAACAGCAAUGAAAACACCUACACUGAUCCAGCAGAUCUGUUAGCAGAGGCCACUACUGCAGCUACACCAAAUAGUGAUGCCUCCUCAAGUAAUUUCUUUCCAGACACAGACUUCAAUCCUGAGUUACUGCCUGGUCAGGGCACCUUCUCACAUACGAGCUAUUUUGACAGUUCACCCAGUCCAGAGCAGGAUCUUGACCUGGUGAAGAGUUUCAGUGGGGGAAGUCAGCAGAAUACACCGUCGGGAACGCCUCAGAAUCCAACUUCGCACGGCAGGAACACACCCGAUGCCUCCCUAAAGGACCCUUUUGAUGUUAGCAUGGUUUUUAGUGGAGGAGGGAAACCUUUGCUGGGCCCAGGGCCAGAUUUGAGUGAUUCACAUGGAGGUGGUGGACAGAGUCCACUGACGAUGGGUAUCGCAGGACUUGGCAGUGACUUUAAAAGUAGUGAAGUAAAGGUCAAACAGCAGCAGAUGAGACCGAAGGAAGAUAACAGUGGAGGUAACUCUGGAAUGGGGAUAGGAGGAUCAGGCUCUUCCGAAGGAAAGCAGAUGAAGCGUAGUCGUACACCUUCUAGUGAGGGAAAAUCAAAAGAAAAACCACCUAAGCGUAAAAAGCUCGAUCCAGAAGGCAAGUCUCCUUCACACAGCUCUGGGGGUCGGCCCUAUACCCCUCCAAGUGGGAGUGUCAGUUCUGGUGGUUCAAUGAGCGGAGGUGGAUCCAAAUCUCCGGGUAGCUCAGGUCGUUCUCAGACUCCACCAGGAGGUGCUACCCCACCUAUACCUAAAAUCACAAUACAAAUACCAAAAACCUUAACUGGUGGCAAAACGUCUUCUCAUGGUGGUUAUACUUCAAGCAGUUCAGCAGCUGGAAGUACUGGUGGUACCGGUGGCUCGAGCAGCAGUAAAAGCCACCAUUCCCACUCCUCUUCAUCUUCAGGAAAAAUAAAGACUAGCAAGAUGGAAGGCUCCAUGGGUCAAGGUAACAGUUCUAAGCCACCAGGUGCAGGAGGAAGUGGGAGUGGCAUGAACCCACAGUCCAAGAGCUCUUCUCUCGGCAUGGGUUCAGGCAAACCAGGCUCUUCUCCAAUCACUAAACAUGGUAUGUCAGGUUCAGGUAGCAGUGGCAGCAGUGGAGCAGUCAGUGGGAAUAAAAUGAGGCCCCAAGGAGGUAAGCCUCCUGGAUCACUGAUAAAUCCUAGCAUUAAGCCAAACAUUUCUCCUUCACACUCUCGGGCUGGGAGUUCUGACAAACUUUCCUCUCCGAUGAAACAUCAGCAAGGAACGGUUCCAGGAACGCCACCAUCCUCAAAAGCUAAGUCACCAAUUGGUUCUGGAAGUGGGAGUUCAGGGGGGUCAAAAUCUUCUGGUGGUGGGAUGAGUUCCCAGAAACAGUUAGGAAGUGGUUCUUCUUCUGGUUCUUCCUCUUCUUCCACUUCAUCUGCCAGCUCCGCUUCAUCAGGCUCUAUGUCAUUUUCUUCUGGUGGUCAAUCACAAUAUGGGGGUAGUGGGGGUGGUGGAGGAGGAGGUGGAGGGGGUGGAGGGAACAACCCUAAUGCCAAAGGAAAGUCUCCUAGCCGAAACAAAAAACCUUCCCUGACAGCAGUCAUAGACAAGCUUAAGAGUGUGGGAAGCGGUGGCGUCGGUGGAGAGGAGUGUGAAGGCGGAGGAGGUGGUGGUGGUCCUGGUAGCAAUACAGCGAGUGGAGGUGGGGGGGUACCUCCAAAUGUUGGUCCUCCAAAACGAGACAAGGUUGAAAAAGAAGGAAAAUCCAAGGGAACUCUUUCAUCUGGAAAUUCGGGCGAUAAAAAGAUGAUGGAUCCUAAAAGUAGUGGAGUGAGCAGCACUGGUGUGGCUAAGAUUAUCAUAAGCAAACCUGAUGGUGGUUCUCCAAGCAUCAAGUCCAAAGUAACUCUUCAGAAGCCUGGUGACGGAUCAGCAGAAGCUUCAAUGCGCCCCCAGCUUUCAGGCUUGAAAGCGUCACCUCUUUUCAGUGGCUCAACACCAAAGCAUGACCGCAGUUCCCCCAGCCACAGCCGCUCGCCCGGAUACACCCCUCUCUUUCAGGACAGUGAGAGCGAGUCGGGUAGCAGUUCAGUGGCAGAGAAAUCGCAUCAGAACAGCACCAGCUCCGACGACGAUCAGAGCAUGAGGCCAAUCCAGCCACCACAGGACUACAUGUCGGUCAGCCUGGGUGAGAAACACAAGAAGCACAAAAAAGAAAAGAAAAAGCAGAAAGAACGGGAGAGGGAGCGGGAGCGGGAAAGGGACCGGGAUCGAGAGAAGGAGAAGAAGAAAUCAACAAUGUCCUGUGGUCCCUCUUCACAUCCAAUAAAGGCAGACAGCUGGUCCAGGUCUCCUCUGUCUUCAGAACCCUCCAUGUCUUUGCUCAGCUCUGAACGUGUCUCUCGACCGAGUCCUGUGUACAUGCACACUGAGGAUGACGACCUCAUGGACUCUGCUCUGACAGGCUCCAACUUAGAACCGUUCAAAUAGAAGGAACCCACGGGUAUUUUUUACCUUUUUUCUUUUUUUUUCGCAUGAUGUUUUGGCACCUGAAGGUUCUGCAGUUUAAAUGUUGAAUUUUUUAAAGACUUUUAAUGAAGUCAGAUGGUGACACUCCAUCUGUCCACACAUGCAAAAUAAUACAUUAUGCAUUAUUGAAUUGCCGCUGAUUACGAAUGCAAAAAUAAUCCCCCCCCUCCCAACCCCACCUUCCAAACAGUGGCGGUAAAAGUCCAGCAUAUCUAUUAUCUAAAUUAUUUCUCCUGAUAGAUCGCAUUUUAAUUUUUCUGCCGUAUGAUGACAGUGUAAAAAAAAAAAAAAAAAAAAAAGUGUCUUCAUCCUUUGUUACGCCUUUUUAUAAGCGCUUUUAUUUUAUUGGACAUUUUAAUAGUGUUUAUUCAGUUUUAUCCUGUAGUUUUAGACUUCGUAGAGGAGUGUAAGAAGCAGAUUUCCUUAUUCAUGUGUAAAUACUUAGUCAUUUUACACGAUCGAAAUAAACUCCGUGAAUUAAACUUACAUUUUUAUGUAUGAGAAGUGUGGCGUUUUUGAAAGCGUUUACAAAUAUCACCAACAGGGGUCACUACUGAGCUAUAUUUGUAUUAUUUGUUAAAUAUAUAAAGUACACAAGCAUAAAAACCUGAAAAAUCUCUACAGCGUUUAUAAUCUCUUUUUAAUAAAUAAAUAAAUUAUAAUUGUCACUA